AUGCUGCGGAAUAGGAUAGAGCUUUUAGAGAGAGUUCUGCAAAAAAACGGUAUUAACGUUGAAGAGUCUGUUGCGGAGAUCUUGGCCGAGAAAGAAAUCUCAGAUACAACUGAUCCCAAUUGUGCGCAAUCUUCAACUGUGGAGGAACUAUGCAUGACUUUUGAUGGCGCACUUACUAUAGAUGAGUCUUUGAAUUGGGAUCAAGAUGGCGAAGUACGCUAUUUUGGUCCAACGAGUGGCAGAUUAUUAUUCAGGUCUUCAUUGAAUAACUCCCCCGCAGAAGACUCAACCCAAACAGAUGCUUCAUGCAAUGGAUGCUCUACAACUCCAAGUGGAACGUGCAACUCAAUAUCACCGCAUUGUGUCACUCAAGCUGAAGAGACCCAAAUGAAUGAUGGUCAAAUACCCAACGAGCCUCGGAUAUCUGAUGAGCUCCAAGCCCAUCUGAUUAACCUUUAUUUCGACUGGGAGCAACCGUGGCUUCAAGUUGUGAAUGAAAAACUAUUUCGAGAUAGCCUAGCAAGCGGUGGUCGAUACUGCAGUGCUCUUCUAUUGACCUGUAUUCUAGCCAUCGGCUCUCGAUAUUGCCACGAUCGAUUAGAAGUUCGCACCGAUCCUAACGAUCCAAAUUCAGCUGGCAAGGGAUUCAUUGGAACAGCAGAGAGGCUUAUUCCGAAUGAUCUUCGCUGGCCGAAAAUUACAACCAUUCAGUCAUUGACAAUAAUGGGAAUGUUUUAUAUCGCUACAGGAUCUGAUGCUGCCGGUUGGCUUCACCAGGGAAUGGCUAAUCGCCUUGCCAUUGAUAUGGGUUUCAAUAUGGAUCCUGCUGUUCUCACUGGAACUGUUUCUCUGCCACCGUUUGAGAUUGAACUGCGGAGACAAAUUUAUUGGGCUUUGUACUGCCACGACAAACUGUCUGCCUGUUAUACAGGGAGAGUCUGCACUUUAUUAGAGUCACAAGGUGCUGUCAACAAGCCUUAUCUUCAAUGUGUCUCGGAGGUUCACUUUCCAUCUGCCAACGGAAGUCUUCGAGCAGCAUCCCAAAAAGACACUGCUCAACUACAUCGAUCAAUGAUUGACCUAUGUCGCAUUAUCGAGAAAAUCCUCCAGUCACUAUGGUCCCCCAAACCCCUCGUCCAAAACAGCCAACGCUCCGCCUUUUUCGACUCCUGCAUCCUCGAACUAAAAACAUGGUACUACGACCUCCCCUCCGAACUCAAAGUCGAUCGCCCCUCGGGCCCUUCAAGAUUCCCCCACGCCUACACUCUAUCAAUGGUAUAUCAACAAGCAGUCAUGCUCCUCUGCUGCCCCUUCAUAAGCCACUACUAUCAGCCCGAAAAGGAAGGCGAUGCAGCACAACAACUAGCCGAAAAGCACGACGGAGACUCACCCGAACGCACCAGACUCUGGAAAGCACUCAACAGCUGUAGUUCAGCCGUCCGAGCAAUGUGCAUAAUCUCACAAAAAUACCGAAAAACAUUCGGCAGUUUCAAACUCAGUCCUAUGACAGCUACCCACUCUACGUUGUCGACAGCUUUAAUUGUUAUUGAGCUGUGUUGUUCUGCUAGUGCCGAUUCGCGAUAUAAGAACCAUCCUCAAGAUGAUGGCACGAAACAUAUACCGCCACACGCUGCAGUUGCUUUAUUUUUUCAGGUUUUGCGUGAGCUUUCUACGUCGUGGAAUAUUGCGAAGCGUAUCGGGAAAAACUUGGAGAAGGUUUACUUUGAUCGUUACGGGACUGAACAUCUACCGGCAGACUGGGAAGGGUACAAUCGCGAAGGUACAUGUCCGCUAUCUGAUCCGGCACCUGCUGAUGAGGCUGCGGACAUGAAUAUUGAGAUCUUUGAUGAUAUUCUCAAUGGGAAAACUGUAACGCCCGACAGCCCAUUGUCUUUCUCUUUACAUCAAAAUCCCAACUUCAAUCGUCCUGGUAUCCCGGGAUUGGGGUUCAAUCCACUUGGCGAUAUUCAGAACUUCCCCAAUUCCGACGAGCUGUUCGCGAACAAUCUUGGCUUUGCGUUUUCCCCGGAUUGCCUACCCAGCGAUUACAAUAUGUUCGAUACUUUGAAUCAAAUGUAUCUAGAGGAGAAAUGGUGA